AUGAAGUAUGAGUCACGGAAGUACAUCGACCUCAUUCAAAGUAUUACAUCCAAAUGGGCCAACUGGGAUCCACCAAAACCGAUCAAUGUGGGCGACUAUGGAAUGAUCAACAAUGCAACUGGAGAGUUUGAAUGGGAAGGGAACAUCUACACAUCAAAGACCAUUACCGAUAUCGACAUGACGGAUCCGGCACUACACCCCGUAGAAGAGGAAGGGGACGACAAAUUCAUCGUCAAAUCGUGGGGUGUCACUACUAGGGAAACCAAGGUGGCUACUGAAGCCGCCGUGUCUGGUGUAGUGAAUGUUGCCCUCAAAGUCGAUUUUGAGUUCGAGGGUAGGAAACGAGCAGCUGCCAUGGUUAUGUAUCAGCCAAGAUACAUCAGCCUUCCCAAGGAUGAGCGCAUCAUCGAGUUGCUCAAGUGCAGACCUGAGAAACUCAAAGGGAAGUACAUCGUCACCGAAGUGAUAUGUUGUGCAGCAUAUAUGAUGUACAUGUCUACCAAUAGAGCAGAAAAGUUUUCCGUGACACUUCAAGUCACGGGGCCUCCUUCGCCAGCUGCCAAUGUUGGAGGAACAGCGGGUUUCACCUGGUCUUCAGAAACUACCCAUGGUAUCUACCGUGAAGGAAGCAACACGUCCAUAAAAUACAUGCCCUUGUACAGGCUAAAAAAGCCUCGUAACAAGUUCUGGUUGCCUUGGAGUCAACGCGGAGAUGAGAAGAUUGACGAUUCGAUCGAGAAGUGGGACGAUGUCGAUACACCUUGGGACCCUCUCGACGAGGAGGGCGAAGAGGACGAAUUCUAUGAUGCAGUACGUUCUCAGUUUUUCUAUUUGGAACUCAACUUGAUCCAUCUCUCUCCAACAGGAGAUGCAUGGCGACUUCGGUGUUUUCAAUGA